AUGCAAGCGAGCAAGUUGAAAUUUGAAUGUUGUCGUCGACAACAAAGUUCUACUGAGUCAAUUUUAUGUGCAGUAUGCAAAAAGAAAUAUCAUUUCGCCUGCGUUAAUAAUACAGAUAUAACUUUUAGUGAGCUAACGGAAGAAUAUAAAGUGUCAUGGCAAUGUCCUGUGUGUCAAAGUAGGCAGCCCAGAUCUGACAAUAGUAACACUCCUGUACGUGUUUCGAGCGGGCAAGAGCCUCGUUCCUCGAGAGAACCGUCGCAAAGCAUCAAUAUAAUAGGGAAAAAGGACAUCUUUCAGAGGGAUAAGGUGUCUCAAGGAUUCACUCUGGAGGACAUCCGUUCUAUAGUGAGAGAAGAAAUCGGCACCGCCUUGUGCAAUUCUAACCAAAAACUUACUGAAAAAAUUAACGCAAAUUCAAAAGAAUUACAUGAGGAACUUCAAACCGUUCGUGAUUCCAUGCACUUCAUGCAGCAAAAAUACGAGGAGUUGUGUAAGGAGUUGUCAUUAAAGACGGACAAGAUUCGUUCUUUGGACUUAGAGAAUAAAACUCUUAAGCAAGCUGUAAAUGACCUGACCUCUAGGUUAUCACAGCAAGAACAAUAUUCAAGAGCCUCCAACGCUGAAAUUCAAUGCGUACCAGAGCAUAAGGGCGAAAACCUAUAUACUGUGAUAAAGCAAAUAAUAUCUACAGUCGAUAGCAACAUCAACGAAAAAGAUAUACACUUAUGCACGAGAAUCGCCAAACUUCACAAAGAUAAUCCACGCCCAAGAUCAAUUUUGGUGCGUUUUAGUUCACCCCGAAUGCGUGACGAGUUUUUGGCUGCUGCUAUAACAUUUAACAGGAAGGCACCCACGAUUGGUGACAGGCUUAACACAAGUCACCUCGGGAUUGCGGGUGAUAAAAAACCUAUAUACGUUGUCAAACACCUCUCGCCAACUAUCAAAGCGCUUCAUGCAGCAGACCGAAAAAAAGCCAAGGAGCUUAACUAUAAGUUUGUCUGGGUGAAGGGUGGACAGGUGUACAUGCGGAAAACUCCGGACUCAGAAUACAAAUUUAUCCGUAACUCCGAUGUACUGGCGAAAUUAACCCAAUAG